AAAAGGUCUUCUAACCUGCCUGCAAAUUAAACCACUCAAUUUCAAUACGUAUAAUAAUACAUUAUGGUGGAAAAAGUUUGUUUCACUGUCUUCUUAUGCCUCUCAGCUUGUUUAGCCACCCUUUUAUCAGAGGCAAAUGGUUCAAGGAGACAACCACAGGAUAAGUUUAUCCUCAAUGACCCCGAAAAGCUCUUUGUUUUCGGUGACUCCUAUGCUGACACCGGUAAUUGGCCACCUACUGAUGCUUCCCGGCCUUGGAGGGAACCUUAUGGUAUGACUUUCCCCGGCAAACCUUCUGGCAGAUGGUCCGAUGGUCGCGUUCUCACCGAUUAUAUAGCUGCAUAUCUGGGAAUAGGAUCCCCACAAGCCUACAGUUUGUGGAAAGGAGAUGAGGAAGCAAAACAAUAUGGGUUGAAUUUUGCAUAUGGAGGGACAGGUGUGUUUGACACAUUCGAAGGCGGUCCGAACAUGACGACACAAAUAAAUUAUCUGCAACAACUCCUUCAACAAAAUGUGUACACCAAACACGACCUUACGUCGUCCGUAGCUCUUGUCACUUCGGUCGGGAAUGACUAUAGGAGUUAUCAUGGAGAUAUACAUCAUAUUAUUGAGGAAUUUGUUGAAUCCAUUACAAAGCAGCUUAGUAAGAAUCUUAAACGCAUUCAUGAGAUGGGAGUCCCCAAAGUAGCCGUGACAGCAAUGCAACCUUUGGGGUGCCUACCCAUGGUAGCUUUUGCAACCGGCAAGUACCCAAACUGCGACGAAAAUACAAACAACAUUACGAGGUUUCACAAUCAAAUGUUAAAACAAAGGGUAGACAAACUCAACAACCAAACCGAUGGGUCACCUUUUGUUAUUGUUGAUCUCUAUGCUGCCUUCACGACAGCCUUAAACAUUAAACACAACCAACAUCCUGGGAAAUCUAGUUUCCCACAUCCAUUGGCGCCAUGUUGCCUUGGUAACUGUGGGGAGGUUGAUGUGAGUGGAAAGAAGGAAUAUGGACUGUGCGAUGAUCCAAAAAUGGCAUUCUUCUGGGAUAUGACACACCCAUCACAGCAAGGCUGGUUUGCUGUUUAUUCUGCCUUGAAAUCUUCUCUUCCCCAUCUGUUUCAUCACCCUCAGCAGGAGACCCCAAUUGUUUAGACAAUUCAAUGUUCAAAAUGCUAAUAAGAUCGAGAUCGAAAUUGCGCUUAUUAACAUUGAAUAAUAAGAUCAACCGUACCAUCAUAUCCUAGUAGUAUUAGCAUCUUCACCCUUGUUUUUCUCAUCUACGUACCUUUUGCUCUACUUAAAUAUAUCUAUACACUAGUGUAUGUAAUUCGCGAGCAAUGUUUGAUGGAUUUAUAAUUUACUUAUUUUUUUGAAAA